AUGGAAUUCAUACAUGAAGGUGUUGCUCUUGGAGUAGAUUUGCUCAUAUUGGGUUUGUGCGUUAAGGAAUACAUUAGUUAUAAGAAGAAUGUACAGUUAUUAAAGGGUGCCCCGCAAUUAACUAUUGAUAAAAACCUUAAAGAUUAUGUAGCCAAUCAGAAUGACAGUAAGGUCCCCUAUGCCGUGGUCAGGGGAAUUGUUACACCAAUUGGUGUACCCAUGCGAAGCGUAAUGUCACCUUCCGUAACAGGAGUAUUACAGGUCAUAAAACUAAACGAACAUCGUGUGGCUCGUGGUUUCGCCGGAUUUUGGUCAGAACAACGAAAACUCAUACAUGUUGCCUCAAAUGAAAUGCCUUUCGAAUUGCGCAACAAUGAUGCUGGCGUCGAAGUUGUUGAUGCCCUAUCUGCUGCUGUCCUUGAUUUGGAUGUAGUCUAUGAUAAUUAUGAACCAUCAUCCUUGCAUUUCUUUGAUCAUAUAUUUGGUUUCUUUUCGGGUGUACGCCAAAAGGGUUUACAAACUACCGAAGAGGUACUUCGUGAUGGUAGUUUUAUAACUGCUAUUGGUGAACUGGAAACAGAUGGCAAAACAUUACGCUUGCAACCAUCACCAUUGGGUCCACUAUUCUUGACAACCGCAACAAAGUCGACAUUAAUCAAAAAAUUAGAAGAGGCAAAAAAUUCGAUGCUCUUUAAAAUUCUGGUAUGCGGUACAAUUGGUGCUGUGCUGAUAGGUGUUGUUGGCCGAAAGAUUUAUUUGAAAAAGAAACAGGAACGAGACGAAAGACGUAUUCGUGAAACAUUGGAAAAGGAGCGAAAAGAACGACGGGCAAAAUCUAGACCAGCACAUUUAUCACAAGAUCAGCUGUGUGUUGUAUGUAACAUAAAUCCAAAAGAGGUUAUUAUACUACCCUGUGGUCAUGUCUGUAUCUGUGAAGACUGUUCCGAAAAAAUCAAAAUGACAUGUCCUGUAUGUCGUGGAAAAAUUAAUACACGAGCUGCUGCAUUCAUAUCGUGA